AUGGAGAAUGUCCAGUAUUCCACAUGGGCGGAACUAUUUAAGAUUCACGCACGAUCCCAUCGAGUUCUUGACCAUAUUAUUCCUUCGGCAAAGGACAAGGAGAAAAUGCCGAAAACAAAAGAGGAGAAAGAACUUUGGUCGACUCUUGAUGCUACUGUUCUACAGUGGAUCUAUGCCACUAUAUCUCAUGAUCUUCUACAUAUGAUUCUUGAGCCUGACACCACGACAGUGGAGGCUUGGAAUAGAUUGCGUGACAUAUUCCAAGAUAAAAAACACUCUCGUGCCGUCACCCUUGAGUACGAUUUCACUCAUGUGAACAUGGAGGAUUUUCCAAGUGUCUCUGCCUAUUGUCAGCACCUCAAAUCUUUGUCGGACCAACUCAAGAAUGUCAGUUCUCCCGUCGACAACAAUAGACUAGUUCUUCAACUGGUCUCUGGCCUCACUGAACCUUACAAAGGUGUGGCCACUCUCAUUCGCCAAUGUGAUCCUUUACCCAAAUUUUAUCAGGCCCGUUCGAUGCUCACUCUUGAAAAGGCCGGCCUUGCUAAGAAGGCGGCACAUAGCUCCUCAUCAGCUAUGGUUGCUCGUGAGUCGAUUGGCUCACAUGAUAUUGUUGAUCAUUCCUCUUCACACCGCAAUACUAAUGGUGGGAAGAGAAACCAAUAA